GGGACGCCUGUGGGCGGAGAGAGGGAAGUGCGGUCGACAGGAGAGGAAUUUAAAGUCUCAUUGUUCUGGAAGAGCCGAGGCAGCGGGAGCCGAGCAGCCGAGCAGCCCGACACUCAACAUGAGCCUGAGCUCAGCCGUGGAGAAGAUGUCCAUAAAGCAGAGUGCAGGAGGAGCAGGAGGACGGGCUGCCAAGUGUGUCAUAUGUAAAGGGAGUUGCUCUGGAUUUCAGCCACAUUUUUGGAGGAAAGCCUGCACGGCGUGCGGCUGCAGCACGGUGGACCACGCUCCCGGAAACGACCUGGACGACGACCAGCUGAUGGGCCGGCUGCUGGCCGACUCGCCCUGCUCCCACCUGACGGCCAAGGUCAAAGGGGGCGGCGGCCUCCGCAUGUACAAGAGGAACCGCAUGAUCGUCACCAACCCGGUGGUGUCGCGCAAAGACCCCACCUUCAACACCACCACGUACGACUGGGCGCCGGCCGGCCUCAACCAGAAGCUGGCCAUGCAGUACAUGGAGCUCUUCCCGCCCAGCCAGCACACGGUGUCCGGAACCGACGGAGCUCUGCAGCGCCGCCGGCAGCUGCUCACCCAGCUCCCCGCCUACGAUCAGGACCCCAUGAAGUGUCAGAGCCUGAGCAGCGACGAGGAGAUUUCCUCCAUGCUGCUGUUUGUGAAGCAGUACAAGCAGGAGGCGCUGGGAGUCGGGGAGGUAGCUCUGCCCGGCGAGGGGGCCGCUCUGGAGGAAGCCGCCAUGCAGAGGGCGGCGAAGGAGGCCAAGGAUCGCAGCGACAGGAAGGAUGCGGGACGGCAGCAGGACGCCAAAGUCUCCGCCUCUCCGUCCACCAACGGGAUGGAAGAAAGCAGCAAGGCUCAAUACCGCUGCACCGGUUGCCGUGGUGAAGUUUCCACGGAGAGCCCGGCUGUUUACGCAGAGCGCGCGGGUUACCGUGACGCCCUGUGGCAUCCCACCUGCUUCACGUGCUCCGAGUGCAGCCAGGGUCUGGUGGACCUGGUCUACUUCUGGGCCCAGGGGAAGCUGCUCUGUGGGAGGCACUACUGCCAGACGGCGUGGCCGCGCUGCUCCGGCUGUGACGAGCUCAUCUUCUGCAAGUCGUUCCUCACCUCGGAGGACGGGCGGACGUGGCAUCUCUAUCAUUACUGCUGCUGGAAGUGUGGACAAAGCCUGGACACGCCCUGCGAGCACUGACCCCACAGAAACCUCCAGGAUAAAGAAUAUCGGCGCUGCUCACGUUAUCGCGGACCGGUUUACACAAAGCAAGAGGAAUGACCCACACAUGUAGACCCGCAGGUCUUUAAAUCAUAAAUGAUGUUGACUUUCUCGCAGAGAGAGGUGGUAAAACGCUCACAGGACGUCCGGCUGACACUGAUGCAUCGACGAGGCUCCUUCUGCUGUUGAGCUUGCUGGUGUUUUCAAGAGCUUAAAGAAAUGUUUAGUUGACACAAAAGCAUGUAAAGUACUUAAAGAAACAUUUGGCUGAUUAAUCGGCACUUAAAGAGCCGACAGUGACGGGAUCCAGAUGCUGCGUGCUGCACUGUGGCCGGACCGGCGCAUCGGGAGACAAACGAUCGAAUCGGCUUCAAUCAUGCGAAACUUCAGUUGUUUACUCAAAGAGUUUGACGAAUUAAUGAUUAUUUGAAAUAACAAACAGACAGAGGAAGAGGAAGAUGAUUCCAAAAUGUCUUUUUCUGUCAAAAAUCGCUUAAAAAAAAUAAACUGAAAAUAUCUUUUACAUCAUUGCUAAGUGGUUUAAGAGUUACAGUUUUAUAGCUCUUUCCUCAAUAUUUACAUAAAACAUUGCAGCAAUCGUCAUCCUGGUAUGUGGAAUUUGGACAUUUGCAGUCAUUAAUCCCAAAAAUAACAUUAUUUGUUGAUUUAAUCUCAGAGAACUGGACAGGCACAGGGCUGAUUAUCACGGAUCACUAAUUAUUACUAUUGAAAACCUUUUUUUCCAACAUUUUUUUCAUUUUCAAAGUUUUUACAGCAGACAUUAAACUCUGCAUCUGCAUCACUGAAGCUGAAUUGUUUGUAAGCGUAAAAACAGUAAAUAACCCUUUAACUGGCUAAUCGUCCUGUUGGUAUGUUUCUUUUUUCAGUUUAAUUUCCUGUUUAUUUUUGGUGAAACUGCUAAAUGAAGUAUUUAAUGUUUUGAUGACGAUAAAUCUGAGCUGCUGCUAAACGCUGCUUUAUACUACUGUAUUUUCUCAACAAUUAACACUUAAAAUUAUUCAUUUCAACAUUGAGGAGAAUACCAGAGGGCACGUGCAGCUGUCUUACGCCCCAUUUCAAGUGAAAACAGAAAGUUUUCGGAUUGUUUUAGGUGUCUGUUCACACGACAACGAGGCUCAGAGUCAACGGUACAUCAUGGAAACUCCAUCAUUUUCUGAUUUUUUUUUUUCCUCAUUUCUGUGUAAACAGACACCGUUUUCAAAAUGAUGGCAUUUAAAAGUGAAACUUUUCAAAAUGAAAACAAAAAAAUAAUGAUUUUUCACUUUAAAUGUUGUGUAAAAGGGGCCUAAGUCAGCUCACAAAGAACACGCUAGAAUGUUUGGGAAAAAAAUCACUUGUAUGCUGGCAAAAGCUAAUUGAGAUUAAUCACUUCAAACAGUAAAAUAUCAGCUAUAAUAUCUUCCUUUUUUCACCUUUUAAGCAACUGUCUCAACUUAAUUAUUGAAACAUCAAUAGGAAACAUGUUUAGCAAUGUUUUUUAAGCAAAAGUGCAAAGUGUACAACCGUCUGGACGAUAAAAUUUAGAAAAUAAAACCAAAUUAAAGUUUCGUCUCUGUGAUCAGGACUGAAACGCACAAACCUGGAAGCAGAGAUAAAGAUCCUCCCAGUUCAGUCAGUUUGGAAAUAAAGACAUUAAAGUUUAUCUAAAACAAUUAUUUCUGUAAAGCUACUUCAAGAAUAAAACAAUAACAGGAUGUGAAGAAUUCCUGAAUUGUUCUGUGUUUUAGUUCACCAAGAUCAAACUGAAAUAUGACAAGUUUUGGGAAAAUUCCAGUAUUUGCUAUUUACAGCGAGAA